GUGCCUGCCUGCCUCCCUCCCCAGGGCCCAGCCACAACUGGGUCGGUGCUGUGUGCCCCCCGUCCCUGAGCUCAGGCUAGCAGGGCCUGCUUGGAGGCUGGGGAUGGGGUGGCACAUGAAUUCCCUGUUGCUAUGGGAACUCACGCAGUCAUCCGCAGACUGGUCUGGGAGGCAGGAGAAGGAGAAGCUGGUCAUGUGGUGAAGCAAGAUGGCUCCCGGAGCCUGAAGGCUGCAGUGUGAGGUUUUCUGCCUGCCCCUCUGCGCCCAGCUGAUGGGAGAGCUGCUGGGCCAAUGCCCAUUCCGUGCUGUCUGACCAGCCUUGACGUGAUCCUGCGACUUGGCGCACCUUUACAAUGGCCCUAACCUUGUUUGAAGUGCUUUCCAAUACUGAUGAAUACCGACCACCUGUUUGGAAAUCUUACUUGUAUCAGUUGCAACAGGAAGCUCCCCAUCCUAGAAGGAUUACCUGCACUUUUGAGGUGGGUAUCAUGAUGAUCCAAAGCUUUUUACAUUGUCCACAAACUCCAGAUCCAUCCACACACUGUACAUUCAACAACUGCGACAUGGGAGACAUUGAAGUAUUAUGGAGAGGGCAACUUGAAUACAUUGCUUUUUCUGAUGUUAAAGGGGCACCAUCAACUGGAAAUCUGGUUAAUUUAAAAUAAGAGUUAAAAAGACUUUCAGGUACUACAUCUUC